AUGGAAGGAUUCAAAGGCAUCACGAUGGAAGGAAACACGAUCAAAGGGCUCCCGCAAGCGACUCCCGAAAUGCUGGACCGAAUCCUAGCCCGCAUUCAUGCUCAGCCAACCUACACCUUCCUCCCCGUACGCGGCAUAGUCUACCCCGACGACCCCGACGCCGCCUCCAAGCCCAUCCUGCUCCCCGAUCCCGCCGAAUACCCUUGGUACGAGCACCUCCACCUCCCCUGGUCCAAGAAUCCGUCCCACACCGGGAACCGGCGCAGACUCGCGGAGACCUUCCAGCCCCUCGCGGCUCUCCCGGCCGUAUUCGACCCCUUCUCCGCCGCGCUCAAGCACCCGCCGCCGACCUUCUUCCUCGGCUGGCCCAUCUACCCGCGCCUCACCCGCGCCUACGCGCUCGCGCACGACCUCGCCUGGAUCGUCGACCCUUCCGGCUCCGACCCCGUCCUGAAGCCCUCGGCCGACGUGACGGACGCGGACGAGCUGUACGAGCCGCGCGUGCUGGCGCGGAUGGUCAGGCGGUUCCAGCCGGCGCUCGAGCUCCAAGGGGCGUACGGCCCCGCCCGCGCGGUCGAAUCGGACGAAGAGGACCCGUGCGCGCUCAUCUGGUCGCUCUGCAACAACUGGGACUCGCCCGACGAGCGCCCGUCGGAGAAGCGGAUCAAGGAGCUGCAGGAGGAGCUCGGAUACGAAGACGGCCCGCAGUGGUACGCAGCGACCGAUGCGGGGGCGUCCUUCUGAAGGAGCGGGAGCUGUUGUCGUGUUUUGUUUUUGCCGUUUUUUGAUGUUACAUCCACUUCCUUGAACUCUCGGUACUGACUCUCGACGGCUGAAGUGGGCGGCCGCUAGGUAAUGUAUUGCGCACAGUAGCACAUACAUGUACCUAGUUAUUUGUACCAGUGCUGAAGCGGUGUGUCGGCUGUUAUACAGCUCACGGGAACCGUGGAUGCACUGUGUGCGCCAAGCCGCACGUAUUGGCGUGCGGUGCGGCAACCGGUUGUUCCGCUAUCGGGACCGCGCCGGAAAUACCUACCUACC